CACCUCAUCCAAACACAACUAAGUUGUGGAAGAUUCCGGCUGGGAAAUGGCACGACAAUGCACCUUCUACUCGGGAUCUAUCCUUCUCUUCUUGGGCUUUAUUGGGUUUGUUUUUCUUCCCAUUGAUGCCGAAGCUGCAGUGAAGAAGUACCAGUUUGAUAUUCAAGUGAAGAAUGUGAGCCGGUUGUGUCAUGCCAAGCCCAUUGUCACCGUUAAUGGGAUGUUUCCUGGGCCGACUAUCUACGCGAGAGAAGGCGAUCGUGUUCUUGUAAACGUCACCAACUAUGCGCAAUAUAACAUGUCCAUUCAUUGGCAUGGAUUGAAGCAAUUCCGAAACGGUUGGGCAGAUGGACCCGCUUAUAUAACGCAAUGCCCAAUCAAGAGUGGGAACAGCUACACAUAUGAUUUCAAUGUGACAGGACAGAGAGGAACCUUGUGGUGGCAUGCUCAUAUCUUUUGGCUAAGGGCAACGGUCUAUGGUGCGAUAGUCAUCAUGCCCAAAGAAGGAACUCCAUUUCCAUUCCCACAACCCUACAGUGAAGUUAAUCUACUCUUAGGAGAAUGGUGGAAUACUGACGUCGAAGAGGCAGUAAAGCAAGCGAACAAGUUGGGCAUGCCACCCGCAAUGUCCGAUGCGCAUACUAUAAAUGGCAAGCCGGGCCCACUCUUCCCAUGUUCAGAGAAACACACCUUCGCAAUGGAGGUCGAAUGGGGCAAGACCUAUCUCUUGAGAAUCAUCAAUGCUGCACUCAAUGAUGAGCUCUUCUUCGCCAUCGCUGGUCAUAACAUGACCAUCGUAGAAAUUGAUGCAGUUUACACCAAGCCCUUCACCACACAGGCAUUACUAAUUGCACCAGGCCAGACUACAAACGUUCUUGUUCGAGCAGACAGAACUCCAGCUAGAUACUUCAUGGGCGCACGCCCUUUCAUGGACGUUCCAAUCCCUGUCGACAACAAAACCGCUACAGCAAUACUGCAAUACAAAGGCAUCCCAAAUACUGUAACUCCAAUCCUGCCUCAAUUACCACCACCCAAUGACACGGAAUUUGCCUCAAGUUACAACGACAAGCUGAGGAGCCUAAACACCCCAACGUUUCCUGCGAAUGUUCCUAUCAAGGUCGAUCGUCAUCUCUUCUACACAAUUGGGCUGGGACAGAACCCAUGUCCUAGCUGUUUGAAUGGGACACAGCUCACUGCUUCUUUGAACAACAUAACUUUUGUAAUGCCUCGAAUUGGGCUUCUUCAAGCUCACUAUUUCAACAUCAAGGGAGUGUUUCGAGCUGAUUUUCCUGAUCGACCGCCUGCCGUUUUCAAUUACACAGGCGCGCCACUUACGGCAAAUCUUGGGACUUCAUCAGGGACAAGGUUGAGUAGGGUUGCUUUCAAUAAAAGUAUUGAGCUGGUACUGCAGGACACUAAUCUUCUUACAGUAGAGUCCCACCCAUUUCAUCUUCACGGCUACAAUUUCUUUGUAGUUGGAAGGGGAAUUGGGAACUUUGAUCCGGCAAAGGACCCUGCUAUGUUUAACUUGGUUGAUCCACCUGAGAGGAAUACAAUUGGAGUUCCUACUGGAGGUUGGACUGCCAUUAGGUUCAGAGCUGAUAACCCAGGUGUUUGGUUCAUGCACUGUCAUCUGGAACUCCACACAUCAUGGGGGCUGAAGAUGGCUUUCGUGGUGGAGGACGGGAAAGGCCCAAAUCAAUCUGUCUUACCUCCUCCCAAGGAUCUUCCCCCCUGCUAGACGUUUUUAUCUACGACUUGAAUACGAUUUCGCGUGUUUGUGUACUGCAUAAAUUGCAGAAGAAAAAUUCAUGGAGGAUGAGCUCUCUUCGAGAUUGUUUUGAGGGGGGUCUACAUUCCUCAUUGUGUAAAUAAAAAGUGGCAGCAACUAAUGGAUUGUUUUCCUUGAAAUAUCGAUCCAUCCAUCAUUUUACUGUUUUGUGCAUGCUUGGACACAUAUGGAAAUUUUUUCAUCAGACAAGAAAGAUGAGCUGUUUGGAUACUUGAAAUCUCUUUCUCCCUCCCUACCUCUCACCCUAGAGACCGUGCGUACAACUAAUCCACCCCAUCCAUCAGGUGGGCUGCCACAUUUAGACCAUGAGUUCUUAAAUCAGCCAAUUUAGGACUCAGGUAGCUACACAGUAGGGAAGGAUGUAAAAUCAUGCUUAAGAACUCUUAUACUUAUGUGCCAUGGCCGACAUAAGUUGAUUCAUCUUAUUGCGUUUAGUCAGAUGAUUUGAUUCAAUAAUAAA